UCGAAUUAUAAAGCAACAUGCUGUGUGGGGGCAUCCCAAUUCCCAAUCCUCCGUUAUCCUCGUCUUCUCCUUUCCAGCCUCUCGCCAUGGACACCGUCCUCGCCAUCUUCGCCCCGCCCAUCCUCUCUUCCUCGCGCUCCUGCAAUCUGUCCUUUGCCAUCCCCAUCUCCCUCCCUAAACCUUUGCCUUUCGCCACCUCUUCCCUCCCGCGCCUUCACUCACCUCCCUCGCGAAACCUGGGGCCUUUCCGUGCCCAAGUUAGUGUCUCCGCUGCUCAGAAGACGAAAGAUAGGUUGCCAGCCGGCCUCAUUGUGACGGAGACCAAAGGGCCUCAAUCCACUAUUAGGUUAAGCGUAGAAGUUCCUCCAGCAAUAAGCCAAGAAUGUUACGGAGAAGUCUUAGAUGAAUUUUCUAAGAAGGCAAAGGUUCCUGGCUUUCGGCAGGGAAAGAAAGUUCCAGAAAAUAUUCUUCUAAACUACAUUGGUAGACAGAACAUUCAACAAGCUAUAGUUGAGGCAACUUUGAAAAAAACUCUUCCACAUGCUAUGUCUUCCGUGGAGGGAAGGGCCUUGAAGGACUCUGUUCGGAUUGUAACCAAGUUCUCUGAUAUGUUGGAUGCCUUUUCACUCCAAGAUCAUCUCAGGUAUGAUAUUGUGGCUGACGUGUCUCCCGAGAUCAAAUGGUUGGAUAAAUACAAAAACUUGAAGAUUGUUGUUGAAAUAGACAAUGUUGUUAAAGCUGAAAGUGCUUCAGAAAGAGAGCUAAAUCGCCGCUAUAAGGCUCUAGGUUCACUUAGGAUUGUUACUGAUAGGGGCUUGCAGAUUGGUGACCUUGUAGUCCUUGAUAUUUUUGCAAAAACAGUUGGACAAAAUGAGUGUGAAGGUGAAAAAAUUCCAUCUGCUGAGAGAAAAGGAUUCUAUUUGGACACAGAAGAAAGGCAUAAUCUUCUUGCUGGGUUUCUUGAUUCAAUAUUAGGGAUCCAACAAGGCCAGACGAGGACAUUUCCACUUCAGUUUCCAGAAACAUGGGAUCAGGACAAUCUUAGAGGUGUUCAUGCUCAAUUUACCGUUGAAUGCAAAGAGCUCUUCUAUAGAGUUUUGCCAGAACUUGAUGACACUCUUGCUGAAAAGCUUCUUCCUGGAUGCAGUUCUCUGAACCAGGUUCGGGAAGCAAUAUUGCAGAGAUGCAAACAAGUGGAACAAACUGCAAUAGAACAAGCAACAGAUAAUGCAAUUCUGGAUCAACUAAACAAGAUUAUUGAGGUUGAUAUUCCUAGGUCCUUAUUGGAGGAACAAGGAAGACAUCUAUAUGGAGCCAAAUUAUUACAGCUACAGGUGGACAAUAAAAUAAAUGAAAGUCAACUAGCAUCUCUUACAAGUGAAAGGGCAGUAAAGCAGUUUAUCAAAAAGGAGGAGGAGAAUAUCUCCAAGAUAAUAAAACAAAUGUUAGCUGUUAGUGAGAUAUUCAAGUGUGAAAAAUUGCAGUAUACAACCGAUGAGCUUGUUAAAGAGGUUGAGAACUCCAUCGCUGAGUUCAAACGCAAUAAUCAAGAAUAUGAAGAGGAGCAUGUGCGAGAGCAGGUUGAGGAUGUCCUGGAAGGGGCUAAGGUGCUUGAAUGGUUGAGAGAAAAUGUAGACAUUCAGUAUGUGUACAAGUGAGUCGGAAGGCCCCAACAAUGUGUUUUCCCACAAAUUUGGGAAGCACGGCAGUCAUUUGCAAAUCAGAGGAUAACCGUUUUCUAAAGAGCAGUCAACAUGGUCUCUUGCCGUACUACGGCUGUAGCAUCAGUGUUGCAAAAUUUUGAAUAGACUGACUAUGAUCUUUGUAAUUUACCAUGAAAUGAUAUUCACUUGUUGCAGAACUUGUGAAGAGAUUGAUGCUGUCUUCUAAGAAAUUGCUGUAGCAGAAAAUGUUAGGUGUCUUUGUGCUGCUCAACAAUGGGAUCAACAUGAGAAUAAAACAUAAUAGAAUUACAUAGAAUGUUAUUUUGAACUUUAUGAUUAA